GUCUAAAUAGCAUGGUUUAAACAUUACCGGAGAUCGUACCGGGGAAGUCAGAGGUAGGGUAUUUUAUGGUAAAAACAGUGGUUUAACCGUUAGUACCGUUAAAUAUCGCCUACCGGUUUAGCCUCCAAUACUAGUAUUUUCAUAUUUUGUGGUUGAACCGCCGGUACGGUACGGUUUUACGGACCUCUUAAAUAGGCGGACUCGGGAGUGGGAAUGCGGAAGACGGAAAUUCAAAUGAAAAUAAACCCCAGCGCCAAGAAAUUCAGUGAGAACAAAGCGAGGGAAAAUGGCAGCCUUUCACGACGACGACGACGAAGAGUUUCUUUCUCAGUUGGCUUUCGCAGAAGCCAACGCGCUGUCCAGAAUCAACACCUCCGAUACCAACAAGCGCCGGAUACUCGACGGAUACAAUCCCGAGGAAGACGAGGAGAAGCAGCAGCAACCGCUGAAGAAGAUGACUGUGGCGACGGUUAGCGCGGCGAAGAUGAAGGAGGAGGAAGGCGCUUAUAUGGCUGCUCUCAGAGGGAGCAAGAGCCUCUCCUGGCAACAAAAUCCUCUGAAUCGAUCCAGUUCUGGAGUGAAGACCGUCGCAGCAGCUGUUUCUGCUUCCCGACCUCAUUUUGAUGGCGGGGGCGAUUAUGAUCGAUCGGAGCGGCAGCAGCCGUCGGUUUCAGAGAAGGAUUGCCCGUGCGGACAGGGAGCCUGUGUCGUUUUCACCGCUAAUACUGAACGGAAUCGAGGCCGCCAGUUCUACCGAUGCCCUCUCAGACAGGAAAAUGGAGGUUGUGGCUUCUUUGAGUGGUGCGACAAAGCUUCAGGGAACAACUCCUCAGUGUCCAAUUCAGAUCUUCCCUGUCCUUGCGGUGCUGGAUUUUGCCUGCUCCUAACUGCAAAAAAUGGGAAAAACAUCGGCCAGCAAUUUUACCGCUGUCCUGCUAGCCAGGAAAGUGCUUGUGGUUUCUUUAAGUGGUGCAACGAGACAGAUACGGCAGCCAGUAAUCCUACUAGCACUUCCGAAAGCAGCAAAAUUGUGCAUGGAGCAAGAACAGGGUCUGCCUGCUUCAAAUGUGGUAAUCCUGCACACUGGGCAAAAGAUUGCCCCAUAUCUUCUUCAUCUGAUUCGCCAGCCGCAGCAGCAGCAGCAGCAACAUCAUUUGGAGGAAGAAGGCCUGUCUCCUCGUCCCCCAACUCUGCUUGCUACAAAUGUGGUAAACCUGGGCACUGGGCAAGGGACUGCACUUCAAGUCAAUCAACAGGUGCGACUCGCAGGUAUUGAAGAUACCUUGAUUGGGGGAUGAUUUUGCAGCUGCAGCAUUACUGUAUUAGGUAGGUAUUCUGCAAUUGUAAUGUCAUAGUGCGUCUCUAAGUCUAAGCUACGUACUGUAUCCAUCAGAUUCAGAUAGAUGGUCGUGCUCGUGUUGUUUCACAAUGAGGCUCUUUGUUACCAGCUUGAUGGAGGAGAAAAUAACUCGUUUGAUUGUUACAAACUUAGCAGAGAGGGUAAUAUAGUUUUACACAGAUCUUUGACAAUCCUAGAAGGCUAGAAAUCAGUUUGAAGCUGAGCUUUGUGCUAUUAUAGUUAACAACCACGCGUGGCGUGAUGUGUAUCUUAGUCCGCUAUUUCAGAACAACUGCUGCAUUCCUAAGAGCCAGGUACCUCUGCACGUACUCAUUUGGAAGUGCCCUUAUUUGUUUGAAGACCUCAGUAUUUGCAUAACGAAGGUUUGUCCUUGGAUCAUGAUAUGGUGCCUGCGAUAAAAGUAUAGAACGGGC